CCCAUAGUAUUCCCACUUUAGCUACACAUAGCCGUACAUCACCUUUCUUUUAUAUUUUUCCUGACGGCGCGUCUACCGCACGCUCCGUCGAGAAUCACGCACUUCUUUACAAUUUUCUCUUGUUUCCGUCCUAGGAAAACCAAAAACCGCCCAUUGUUUCAGAAUUUAUUUCUGAAGCUAUUUAUCUUCUCCAUUUGAGUGAAAAAAAGCUAAAAAGAAAAUAAAAUUAGAUAAAUGAAUUGAGAUGGUACGGAUACAAUUGAAGCCGAAAUCAUCUUCAGCAACAACAAGAUUAGUGUUAGUUUGCGUAGGACUGUUAGGGUUUGGUGUCAUUGCCGAUUUUCUUUGGGCUUCCAGUUCUUAUAAAUUAUCCAAUUUGGUUAAUUUUGAUAAUUCCGUAAUUGUCCCCGUUAAUCAUCAUAAGCCAGUUCAGGAUGAAGCUGGUAAAGAAAAGGAGAAGAAAGAUAGCAAUAAGAAGAAAGUUCCGGAGAGAUUCUUAGCAGCAACAUUUGCCGAUUUGCCUGCGCCGGAACUGAAAUGGGAGAAGAUGGCGACUGCGCCUGUGCCUCGUUUGGACGGUGCGGCUAUACAGAUUAAGAAUCUUCUGUAUGUGUUUGCUGGAUAUGGAACAAUAGAUUAUGUACACUCACAUGUUGAUAUUUUUAAUUUUACUGAUAAUACAUGGGGAGAAAGAUUUGACAUGCCUAAAGAAAUGGCACAUUCACACUUGGGAAUGGUAACAGAUGGGAGAUACAUUUAUGUUGUCAAUGGGCAAUAUGGUCCACAAUGCAGAGGGCCUACAUCUCAUACAUUCGUGUUAGAUACCGAGACAAAGCAAUGGACGAACAUGCCACCUCUACCAGUUCCGAGGUAUGCACCAGCUACUCAACUUUGGAGAGGUAGACUCCAUGUUAUGGGUGGCAGCAAGGAAAAUCGACACACUCCAGGAUUGGAGCAUUGGAGUAUUGCUGUAAAAGAUGGUAAAGCAUUAGAGAAGGAGUGGAGGACAGAGAUACCAAUACCUCGUGGAGGUCCUCACAGGGCUUGUGUUGUGGUUAAUGAUCAACUUAUUGUCAUUGGUGGUCAAGAAGGUGAUUUCAUGGCCAAACCUGGAUCGCCUAUUUUCAAGUGCUCGCGCAGGAAUGAGGUAGUUUUUGGUGAUGUAUACAUGCUGGAUGAUGACAUGAAGUGGAAAGUUUUACCUCCCAUGCCCAAGCCUGAUUCCCACAUUGAAUUUGCUUGGGCGGUGGUCAAUAAUUCCAUUGUAAUUGUUGGAGGCACCACAGAUAAGCACCCUGUAACUAAAAAGAUGAUCUUGAAUGGUGAAAUCUUCCAGUUUAACUUAAACACUUUGAAAUGGUCAGUGAUAGGAAAACUUCCUUAUCGUGUGAAAACUACGUUGGUCGGGUUCUGGAACGGUCACUUGUAUUUUACAUCCGGACAGCGAGACAGAGGGCCGGAUGAUCCUGCACCGAGAAAGGUCCUUGGAGAAACGUGGAGAACUAAACUGAAAUUGAACUCAUAAUCCCUAUUAUCAUUUGGUACGAGGUUCUAUCCUGUCUAACCUUUUCUCUUCUUAGAGAAAAAAUUUAUUCGUUCAUUGUACUCUAGAAGAAGUAAUUAUUGUUGUAGGCUUGCAUUGUGUUUAUUUUUAAAAAUAUUUUUGCUGGCUUCUUCUGUUGCCACUUUACUCCCCAGUUGAAGGAAAGAAUUGCGAAGGGGAAUUGAGGAUAUAAUUGUCAUUUCCAUGUAUAAUUUACACAUUUAAUGAGAAAAUGAUAUUUAUUCACUUAA